AUUUAUAAUCACAACUGACUGACAGUUAACUUAACAUUUAUUAUCUGUUUUGUGACACACAGUAUAUCUACUUUACUACUAAACCAAUGGGUAAUACAAUCUGUUACUACAUUUGCUGUAGUUGUUGUUGUAGUCGUUAUAAUCGUCGUGAAGAUUAUCUGAAAAAAGAGAGACAUAAAGAAAAGAAGCGAACAAUGAGACAGUUUAGUAAACUAUCGAAAAGUCAUAAAACGCGAGUCGAAGUCGGAUCCUAUCCGACAAACCUGACCAUCGAAGAGAUCAGUAAUAUUGUUGAAAUACCGAACGCGAAGUACAAUACAGAAGACGAUGUGAUCGCCGGUCGGGGCUAUCUAUUGGGCCAGAAGUUAGGCGAAGGAAAGUUUGCUACGGUUUAUGAAGCGACAGACAUAAAGUUCGGGACAGAAUUGGCCGUCAAAGUGAUGGUAUUGAGUGACAAAAAAUAUAGGAAAGCUGAACGCAAUGCACUGGUUAAGGACAUUACGCACGAACUGUUUAUGUUGGAACGGAUUCGGCACCUGUAUGUCGUCCGAUUGGGCACACAUUUUGUUGUUGAAAACCAUACGGCCCCUAAGUCUACGGUCUAUAUUGUGAUGCAACGGGGAGUGGGUGGCACACUUGCCGAACGUAACAAACAGUCGGGACCGUUCAAUGAGGACGUGUGCCGGAUCUGGUUCUCGCAGAUGUUGUCGGCAUUGGUCUAUAUGCACGCAAGUGGUAUUGUCCAUCGGGAUCUGAAAACACAAAACAUACUUUUAGAUAUAACUGACGACAUACUGAUCAGCGAUUUUGGACUGAGUCGUGUUGUCUACAGAGAGGGCGUCCAAUUGGAGUCGAAUACGUUUUGCGGUACGCCUUCAUAUAUGGCACCCGAAUUGGUGAAUAUGAAACUGACAAAACAAGAGCGCCGCCGCCGACAGACACUGAAAAAAGACAGCAAAGAUGGUCAGCCAAAGUUGGGUUAUAUGGCGCCGCCGGUCGACGUCUGGGCACUUGGAGUCGUAUUGUUCACACUGUUUACCCAAAAGUUUCCGUACGAUUCAUCUGAUCUGAAUCGUUGGUCGCAAAUGUUAGUAACAGAUAUGCAGCACAAAAAGUAUCACUUUGAGCGUCAUCUUCAGCCGUCGACAGAUUUGGUUAAUAUUAUGGACCAAAUGUUUGAACCCGACCCAACUCGACGAUCGACAAUGUUAUUACUGACCCGACAUCCGUGGAUUGUUAAGAAAUAUGAAGAAACCAACAAUAAAGUUAUCGAUUGGUUUAAGAGUAAAAAGUUAUCGAAAAAUAUAUGAAUA